CCCGCGCUCCACCUCGCCGUGCCUCUGCGCGCCCGUGGCCGGCGGUGAGAGACUCCCCCAGCACUCUCGCUGCCCUGCCUGGUCCUCUUCGGUCUUGUUCUGCCGUCUCCAAUGUCACCGCCCACACCGAUUUUCGACUGGCGCCCUUUUCGCUCCGUCCGGAUGAGCUGAUUGACUGCUUGCGCAACACGACUACGCCCUCGGCGGAUAGACGGAGAUGGACCAUCUCGAGUACAACGCGCACGACGCCGGUGGUGGAGGAUAUGUGGAUGUUGGCAAUGCCUUUGACUCUUCCGAUCCACGCGCCCAAUCCCAUCCUACCUUUCACUCCUCCUCAUCCUCCUCCCAGCAACACCCUACCUGGUCAGCACUAGGCUUCGAAAGCAUGGACAGGGAAGAGCGGAUGUAUCAUCCUCUCCAACACCAACCCUUGCAGCGCUUCAUGCCUUCCGGCUCGAGCCAGCAGGGCAUGGCGCAAGAGGAGGAUUACAGCAGUCGACCGAGCAGCAAUCACAGUGAUCAGUCGUUCAACCUGCAUCCGUCAGGCUUUGAUGUCGAAUAUGCCAGCAUGUUGCCGCACGGUUGGUCCUACCAGUUCGCCCAUGCAUCUCAACAACACACGCUUGAUCAACACCACCAACAUCACCAUCAAUGUCAACCGCAUGCUCAUCAACACGACUUGCAACAACCUCAAUCCCGGUCAGAGCUCAGUUUGCAGCAGCAUAUCCAACUGUCUCUUAUGCCCUUCGACACUGCGGCAUUUGGAGGCCCGUUGCAUGGCUCACCCGUCAAUUACAUGCCCACGACAACCGCGAACCACUAUGCAGUCACGACGGGGAUGGACACUGCCUCUUUCAUGCCCAUGGCCGGCCCCAUCGAGACCAUGGCCUCGCUUGGCUUCCCUCUCAACGACUACCAAACCAGUGUACCAUUCCCUGCCGCCCUCAACAACGCCGCACUGCAGCAGCAUGCGCUCAACCAGCACCCCAGCGACCAUGCCCCUGCGAGUGUCGCAGGAAGCUCGCCCAGCAACACCCUCUACGAAAUUCAAUCCGUCUCCGAUCAUGAAUGGUCUCUCGUCAACUACAACGCCAGCCGCAACUCCCUUGAUUCCGUCGGCACCGUGUCGAAUCCCAGCCAGAACCUCCACAUUCGCACAAACUCCGAUUCGUCCGACUUUUCCGAUGAUCCCCAUUCCAACGACCUCUCCGGCAGCUACGAAGACAUCCCGCCCUGGCCACUGCACUCUCCGCACGAUUUCCACAGCGCUGACUACUUCGAUGCGCAAUACAUCCCCCAGCCAGCUCACGACGUAACUGCCUCGCACCACCACCGCCAACAAAGUCAAUCCUCCUCUCUCGCUGUUGUCCCGCCCACCGUGUGUACAACUGCAUAUCGCUCGGCACCUUCCUCGAGUUCGUCCUCCACCUCACCAACCUCAUCCGGACCCACCUCCCCGCCCCUCCGUCGACGCAGGGCACUCACGGACGCGAGCAAAACCACCAAACCCGUCAUCAAGAAGCCGUUAUCGCGGAGAGACACCACCGCAGAAAAGAAGAUUGGACGCAGGCGUGGACCCCUACGCCCUGAGCAGCGCCAGCAGGCCCAUGAGAUUCGGAAGAUGCGUGCGUGCAUUCGUUGCAAGUUCUUGAAGAAGACCUGUGACACCGGCGAGCCGUGCGCAGGAUGCCGUCCGAGCCAUGCGCGGCUGUGGCAGGUCCCGUGCACUCGCAUGGACAUCAAAGACAUUGCGUUCUUUAUGAAGGACUGGACGGCGGACUUUGAAAGGCACAUCACCCUUGGCUUCAGCAUUAGCAAUGUGAAGGGCUUCGGCAAACCCUGCCGCACCCUUUACAUCACGCACGGCUAUGGCCACUACUUUCCCAUCAACGUGCGCGACGUCUUUGUGACGGAUGAUAAAUGCUUUGAAGUUGACUGGGUCGAGUCGAUCCACGACACUCCGCGCGCCUUUGAGGUCACUACGGCUAUGCUAACCGCCACUGAGGAGGGCAUCGACAUGAAUAAGCUCUCGGAAUACCUCGACCGCCACCUCGACCAGGGCUUCGAGGACUUUGUUGAUGGACACUUUGAGGGCACGCCGUUCCUGACCGAGAUUCUGAAGACAGCCUUCCGCUUCUACGAAAAGGAGAAGAAUGUCGCGGUACGCAAGGCGCUCCGCCUGUUCCUCGCGUACAACUUGACGCAGCAAGUAACCAUGGUCGAGGGACUGUCGGACGAAGAGGAGUUCCGCGGGAGGAUCGAGGUCGAAGGCUCGCGCUACCACGGCAAGAUCGUCGCACCCGUGAUGCUCAACUUCCAAAUCAAAGCCGCGCUUGGCGCCCUCUGGCGCGAGUUGCACAAGGACAUGCUCGAAGAACUCUCCGCGCUGUACAGUUCGGUGUACUCGGGCGACAAGCUCAAGAAUUGGCCCACAAUCUUCAUGCUCGCCGCCAUCCUCCUCGCCCUGUGGGAAGAAAUGCAGUUCGACUGCCACUACCGCAUCCCGGACGAGAAGGUCGUCGACAAAUUCUGCGACGAGAUGGAGACGACUCCGGUGGGCGUCAUCGUCGGCCUUUUUCAGGCCAUCUCCACCAAGCUACCCGGUCUGCAGGAGUGGGAUACGCGCAAGCACCAUCAUCUCCUCGGCUCCAAUCCGGCAGUUUGCGAUGCUUUGACGGAGGUCAAGGGGCACGUGAACAAAUAUGAAACGUACCUCAAGGAGCGAUCGAAUGCGAAAUUCGACCGCGACGACUUUGAUUGCCUGAGCAACAAGUUCUUGAGCAAGCUGGUCAUUCGCGCGAAUUAAGCCGACUGCCUCGACUUGACGAAAACGACCUGCCCGAUCUCACCACUCGGGAACGACGACACGAUUUCAUUCAUUUUACUCUUUUCUUUGUCACGGCCUCGAUCGAAGUCUGCGAUG